AUGACCUCUAAUAAACCGGUGCAAAGGGCUGAAAAGCCCGAGGUUGUUUCAAUCUCCCCUCUACUCCAACGUCUAGCAUACCCCUCUACAGCUGAAAUCCGCGUCAGCGCGGAUGACAUUGCUUCAGCUUUUGCUCUAAUUUUUGAAGACCGCCUCUCCGACAUUCAAACUGCUGCUCUUCUCACUCUAUUGCACUCGACUGGCAAGGAUAAGGAUGCUGCCGUCAUUGCAAAAUGCUCCCACCGCAUGAGAGAAGCUGCUUGCCAAAUCGACAAAGCUGCGCUCAAGAAGGUUGUGAAAGCCCGGGGCAUCCACGAGGGUAAUUACAAGGGUGGCUUGUGUGAUAUUGUUGGAACUGGAGGUGACUCUCAUUCCACCUUCAACGUAUCAACUACCUCCUCGAUCAUCGCCUCGCCACUUCUCAUGACUGCUAAGCACGGAAACCGUGCGCAGACAUCCUUCUCUGGAUCCGCCGAUGUUCUCAAUGCAGUUCAGCCUAUAGCUCCCAACAUCUCUGCAAUUAAUGCAGAAAACGUGGCUAAGGUCUAUGAGAAAACGAACUACUCAUUUUUGUUUGCCCCGAACUUUCACCCCGGCAUGAUGUACGCCAACCCUGUUCGUCGCAGCCUCGGUCUUCGAACAAUCUUCAACCUCAUGGGUCCUCUCGCGAAUCCCGUUGAGUGGGCCAUUGAGGCCCGUGUCGUUGGUGUUGCUUACCAGAGUCUCGGCCCUGUGUUCGCCGAAGCUCUCAAGCAUGCUGGGGCCAAGAAGGCGCUGGUUGUAUGUGGUGCGGAGGAUAUGGAUGAGAUCAGUUGUGCCGGCCAAACGAACUGCUGGAGAUUGUCGGAGUACCCCAACCCGUCCUACAAGGAGUCAUCCAUCAACCACGAUGAUGACUCAAGUGAGGACGAAGAGAACCCGCGCACAUUGGUGAAGAUUGAAACUUUCUCGCUCCAUCCUUCGGAUUUCGGCUUGCCGACUCAUCCUCUGACCGAGGUCUAUGGGCGCAAGAUGCCCAAGGACAACGCUGCUAAGCUCAUGAGCAUUCUCCGCAAUGAGUUGCCACGAGACGAUCCCAUCUUGGAGUUCGUCCUUAUGAACGUUGCUGGCCUUCUUGUCACCUCCGGUAUUUGCGAGGCCGAAACGAGCAACUUGGGACACGGUGACGACGGAAAGGUCAUCACUGAGCGCGGCCCUGGAGGUGGUCGCUGGAAAGAGGGGUCUCCGCCGUGCGCGCUGGGCGAUUGA